CCUUCAGCCGCUACCAUCGACCUAACCCUCGAGCCAGAGUACGCGGGCCCCCCAGAGGACCCGUCUGUCCGUCUCGCCCGGGACCAGCAGAACAAGGAGUGCGAGGGCGCCACGGAGAGCUUGUCGGAUGCCUGCUUGGCGAGGGGCUCAACGCGAAGCAGUCCGAUUCUCUUUAAAUUUGCAGAGGAGCAAGUCAGCCACGGUGAGGGGCUCUGCAGUCGCAGGCAGAUCCGAUUCUCUUUUGCAGAGGUGCAAGAAUGAACCGAGCUCUUCGGCCGCCGCUGCUGCUGUGCUGCGCCUCCCCCUCCCACGACACCGAGAUGCCCGAGCGGUUCAAGACAGUUGAGCUGUCCGGACUUAGCAACGCCGACAUAGUGGCGAUAUUCGCGCACGAUGAGGAGCUGCGGGACCUGGUGGACACUGCUAGGACGGUAGGUACCUACACUUGCCAAGAGAGAGGGAUGGAUGGAUGGAUGGAUUGAUGGCGUGUAAGGAGAAGAUGAAUGGUGCGACGUUUGCUGCAAUCCUGGACACCGACAACAUGACUGUGCGCAAGGUGAGCGACGAGGUGCUGGGCAGCCACAUCAAGCUCGGCGAGGUCGCCCUCAUCGUCAGAUGGCUCAAAGGCAUCGAUCAAAACGCGGUCAGUCAGUCAGUCAGUGGUACAAAUAUAUGCUUUGAGCAUAAGGGCUGCGGAUCGCCUUUCGUCCAUGCAGGUACAGGUGCCCCUCUCGACGUAGGCGAUAGCUGCAGAUGCGCAUCCAGACCACUGCAUCGAUCAGGUGAGGGAUGUCCGCACACACACACCACGACACAGCCCCACAUGGCCACUGUGGCCAUCUUCGAUCGUGUGCAGGUGGUGUUCUGUUCGAGGGCUGACGACGUAGCGAUAGCGUUUUUCGGUCUUCAUAGCCGGGUUUAGAGUCGAGAGGUGCGGCAUAGUGGGUGGGUGGGUGGCAUGCCGGCUGCUGUGCAUAGGUCUGUCUCUCUCUUGUGUAUGUGACGCAUACGUUUUUGCAUAUAUAAAGAUUUGUGUGUCGGGGGUGCCUGCACGCGAUGCGUCGGCGUAUAGCACGCGAGGAUUGGACAGCUCGUUCAGCUCAU